AUGGAAGAAUUCGAUCAAGUUCCCAAUGACUUGCAAUCUUUGAACAACCCCAGUUUGAGCCCCAGCAGCAGCAGUAGCAACGGUUAUACAUUGACCAUAUCUCCUGGAAUGACGCAGUAUUGGACUCCGCACUGUGAAGAUGAAAUCAAACCAGCGGUUGACAUGAUUUUUAAAACAUUGGAUGCCGGUAUUGAAUUCUACAACAAUUUUGCUGCCAAAGUCGGGUUUGACACGAGGUCUAGUUCCCUCACUACAGCACGCGACGGGACGAAAAUUCAAAAGCAAAUCGUUUGCAAUAGAGAGGGAUUUAAGAAUACGGGUGCUCAACAUUGUCACUCAAAACCAACUGCAGAUGCGGGGGAAGGUCCUUCGCGUCCAAAGCGGCGGAGGGUUUCAAACAGAACUGGUUGCAAAGCUAGGAUUAUUUUUAAGUACAUUGGAGCAGCUGGGUACCAAGUUAAGACAUUUAUUGAAAAACACAAUCACAGCAUGUCUUCUGUUCUUGCAAGGCAGUUCCUAAAGGGAAAUAGAAACAUCUCCAGUGUUCAUCAGAAGUUUAUACUAGAUUGUGCUAAGGCAAAUAUUGGAGCAUCCAAAUCACACGGUUUAUACAGUCAAAUUGUGGGGGAUUACUCUGAAGUUGGAGCAACUGUAGUGGACUUUAAAAUGUCAGAAGGGAUCUCAGAGCAUACAUAUUGGAUGAGUAGACUGUUUUGGACAGAUCCAAUGUCAAAAAAGAAUUUUGCUGCAUUUGGAGAUGUUGUCUCUUUUGAUGCCACAUAUUCAACCAACAGGUACGAUCUGGCAAUGGGUAUGGAACCAAGAAUAAUUGUCACUGACCAAGAUCCAGCUAUGAAAGUGGCGAUUCCAAGAGUUUUCAAGCAAGCCAGGCAUCGUUACUGCAUGUGGCACAUUAUGUGUAAAGUUGGGGAAAAGGUGGGUCAUACGUUGAACAAGAAUGAGGAGUUCAAGAAUAAACUGAACUCAAUUGUUUGGACGUCAUCUUUGGAACCUCCUGAUUUUGAGAAACAGUGGAGAGAGCUCAUGGAAAAGUACAACUUAGUCGAACACAAUUGGUUUACAACUAUGUUUGAGGCUAGAAACCAUUGGAUCCCAGCUUAUUUUAGAGAUGACUUUAUGGGGGGUCUACUCAGGACAACGUCUCGUUCCGAAAGUGAGAACUACACGUACAGCCAUUUUACUGGCCCACAGUCUAGCCUAGUUGAAUUCAUGAUGAACUUUGACAGUGCUCUUAAAUCACAACGUAACACAAACGCAAAGCUCAACAGUGACAAUGAAGGCUACAAUCCAGAUAUGAAGACGCCUCUGGGGAUCGAAAAACACGCUUCAAUCGUCUACACCAUUACUGUUUUCUAUCAAGUUCAGGAAGAAAUACCUGUUUCAAAUGUAUUGUGUUGA